AUGAGUCAUCACUCAUCUAAUUCUACAGAGCACUUGAAUAAAGAAUGGACUCUGCUGGUCUAUGCUUUCUACAAGCCCAACAUCACUACCAGAACUGAUAGUGGUGAAAAGUGUGCGCACAAGUUUCAUUGUGCAACCUGUGGUUGCCCAGAGAGUGUCUCGCAUUGGUUGGACCAAAAGGAUGGGAACUCAACAAGGUAUCUGCAAAAGCAUGCAAAGAAAUGCUGGGGAGAAGAGGUGUUAGCUGUGGCAGACAUGCUCAGAUCAACUAAGAAAGCAUGCAACGGCAUGAAGGCAUACUUGUACUCAGGUGAACAAAGAAUGAAACUUGGUCAGUAUCAUUGCCUAUCUGAUAAUAUGCCAACCAAUAAGACUCACUUGAGCACCAGUGUGGAGAUUGUCAACUGGGUGUCCAAAAGCCUCUGA